AUUCAUAAAAUGUAACUUGCAGGAUGGCUUCCCAAAGGAGCUUCAAAAUUUAUCAAAGGAUAUCUGUAAUUUUUUAGCUCCUUCCUUGCAUGAUCUCUUUGAUUGUUCGCCGGAUCCCUACUGUGCGAAGUAUGUGAUGUUCAUGGAUCUUGAUACCGGCAACACGACUAAAGUGCCAGUCAAGAAACCCGGAGAACUACUGCCUCCCUGCAAGAAGUGCCCCAGUGAAAUGGCGUUUACGGUAAGUACCAUUUGGGAAAUCAUAAAGAGUGUGACGGACGUCCUGUCGCAAGCGACCGGUCUGUGCAAACUGUUGCCAGCAUCUUGGUUGGCCUGGAUCCCUGAUUGUUCGGAGUCAGCUUCGCUGGAAUCCUUAAGUAAUUGUAAGCCGGUCUCCAUCGCCAUUACGGUCGGCGGCACCGUCUUCGUCUACCGCCCCAGCGCCACAAACAGGGUCGUUGCUGAGGGGCAUCCAUCCCUCGAGUGGCAGGACGAGCACUAUACGCUGGACAAAAUCUCUUACGAUGGAAAUCCUUCCGAUAUACUCAGAGAAAAUCACGAUCUAGACUUCCGAUAUCAGACUGUCUCGCAGACUCUGCCCGGGGACGUCGAGGCCGCUCCGAAAGUCGAGCGGCUUUUAUCGACAAAGGAGGAUCAAGAGGGCGCAUUCCCUGCUAAGGUGCCGACCCUUCUUGCCCAACCAACUGUAGGAUUGCAGGAAUACGUCGCUCAGAAGGACGUUUUCCUAGCCUUAAAUGCACCCACAGCUAUGACGAAGACGGCCGUUGGGGCGUGCAGCGUUACCUGCGGAAGGGGCAGCCGACCCAUUGUCCAGGAGUGUGUGGACGUGCAUACCGAAGAGGUGCUGGACCCCUCUUCUUGCCAGGUGUAUUCAGAUGCUGUCACUAAGUUUGAGGAAUGCGUUAUGCCCUCGUGCGGGCCUGCCAGAUACGAGGUUGAAGACUGGGGCACAUGUUCCAAGAGCUGCGGCAAGGGAGUUCAGUACCGUCGCGUGACCUGCGUACUGAUGAUUAAGGACGAGGCGCAGGGCGACAACCUGAGCAACGACGCCCGCGCCGUGCUGGUGUUGGCCGACGAGGAGUGCGAGGGCGCGAGGCCGCACCACGUCAGGGAGUGCGAGGGAACGUGCUUGCCAGGUAGGUCGCCCUCACGCUGCGGACCCAGGAAGCAAUUGGGAAGGACGCUCGUGUUGCUCUGCACUGGGAUGCUUGAUUCCGAUUAUGACACUGAUACAUACAUAUAUAUCAAUAUAUCUGUCUAUCUGUGUGUGUGUGUGUCUUUGUUGCCGUAGCAGCUACACCCGAACCGCGGUUACUUUAUGUUACUUGUAGGACUGGCUUGGUAUGUACGCUUUUGAAUUUAACCAUGGUCGUCCUUGUCAUCUAUGUAGAUAAGAUUCGCAACAACAGCGUAAAGGAUCUCUGCAGAACUUGGGUUGCUUCACAGCCAAAUGGUUUACUGGAUACAGAGAAGAACCAGAAAUGUGUGGUAAACACGUUACAGUUCUGUGCUGAAUUCUCCAAAGGUUACCCUUCUCUCAUAGGCUAAACUCCUUUCCUCAGCCUAUGUUUUAAGCCUAUAUAUUAAUGCAUCGUACUUUCUUUUCAGCACCUUGGUGUGAAAACAAGGAAGACUGCUUCAAUUAUGAUGACAUCGAAAUUUCCAAGGACUUCGACUACUGAUUCUGUUGUCCAUAACUGAAGACAAUCACUAAAGGAUCAAUAUCUGUAUUGAAGCAAAGGUUUAGCACUUCACACUUAUAACACAGUUCACGACCAGAAUGAGAAAAUGCCCGACUGAUGGUUUUCGUAUUAAAAAAUAUUAAAGCUUUAUACAAAAGCAUCAAAGCUUUAUCAUUUACCUUUAGAGAUAUUGGCCUGCUUGACCCUGUUCUUCAAUUUGUACAUUCCUGAAUACAUUCUUAACGUUCCUGGGUUUACACGUUGUUCCAAACACACACACACACACACACACACACACACACACACACACACACACACACACACACACACACACACA